UUUGGGCCGCAGUUGUGCGCAGGACCCGAAAGAGGAAACACGUCGUAGUUGUGUCGAGCGGAGACUGCAGCGUAAAAUCGUCAUUGGAAUUGCCCACAGAUUGCACAAGGAUUUGCUAAAGAUGAUGAAACUGUCCGGUCUUAGGCAGUCCUUACCCAGGGACAAAGGAUUGGGCAACUGCCUCAACGUGACACUGAUUUACUCAGCGCUGCUAGCACUUUUCAUGACCGCCGCCCAGGGACUGCAGCUGAGUGCCUUCACAACGAAGACGCCGCGGGUCAGCAAGUACACAACCAAGUCGCCAUCGGCCUCCUCCAUGAACCACGAUGCCACCGCCUCGCUGUAUCGUUUCAAUGCCACCAACGGCAUCACCUGCAUCCUGAUGCAGGUGGACGGACUAAUCAGCAUUAAGUACCGGAACAAGCUGAACGAGGAUGUGGAGGCCGAUUUGUACAUGCCGGAUGAUCCCCAGCUGAGUGGCGAGUGCGUCGAGUCCAACAUGGAAAUUCUCACCAUGGACUUUAAGGGUUUCCGGCUGUCCAUGACAUUUAAAAAGUCGUCCGGCGGCGAGGGUUGGUAUAUCAACCUGUUCGAACUGACCUACUCGUCCUCCAACUGGCUGUUCGAGCACCCCGAUCGUCCCAACCUGGACGUGAGGCUGACCUCGCCCGCCCAGACGCCGAUGUACUUCCCCACGCCGGUGGGCAAGUCCUAUGUCUGCGACAAGGAGCAGACUGUGAUCAUGUACGCCCCGCACGAUUCCGGCGACCUGUCGGGCCAUAUAGCCAAGCUGUAUCUGCGCGACAUGCACAUGCAGAGCUUCAUGUUCAAGGACAGCGGCAAGUGGGGCCCGUCCUUCCACUGCAGCGCCACAGGAUCCUAUCGCGACGAGACGGCCCCCCUGGCCGUGGGAACUGCACUGGCGAUUGCCGUGCUACUGACCAUAUCCGGAUACGGCGGUUGGAGGUACUUCAAAAUCAAGAAGGUUCAGUACGGUUCCAUGGAGUGAGCGGAGCGGAGUGAGAGGCCCAAGAUUCAAGUGAAGCGUUCGUUUUUGUUCAACUAUUUGAUCAUAUCGUUGUCUACACAUAUCCCCACGUUUGUUGGAUCUAUUGCAAUCCUGUAGUCCUAUUUUGUAAAAUUAAGAGUUGUCCCGACAGACACAGAGAUUAACAUUUACGAGGUUAUCGAACUCAACUAAAGAUACAUAUAUGAGAAAUGCAAAUGUCUUCCAUAUUGUUAAUGUAUAAAAUAAUAGCGCACCAUAUAUGAUUAUUAAAUGUUAAUAUAUAUCAUUAUUAA